UGAAAUUAAAGACAUUUUAAAAAUGUGAAACAGAAGGCUGUCCUACCUACCUGCUUAAAGGUAGACAAUGAUGGGGAAUCUCACACAUGAAUGCAUUUGACUGCCUCCAUGGAGUGAGUUCAGUCCUUUGCAUUCUCCCCUGAUCUGAGUCUCAGGAUGUCUGGUAUGGAUGUCCCAGCGAUGGUGGAUUUUAACAGCACCCUGCCAGAGAAUGGGACCCUCCUGAAGCUCAUGCCCACCUCCAUUUCCACAGCGGUGGACUCCUCCUCGUCCGGCCGACUGGAGAAUGUCUACAUCUAUGUCUCCAUAUUCCUCAGCCUGCUGUUGUUUCUGCUCCUCUUGCUGGUCAUUGCCCUCCACAGACUCAAGAACAUAAUUUCCUCCAGCUCCUCUUACCCAGACUGCACCAGCAAUGGGGGGAGCUCUUUCACCAACAUUGAGAUCUGUAGUGUGUCUUCUCAGAGGUCCACUGUGUCCUCAUUAUCUUACUGAAGGCCAGUGUACUCUAAAUAAAGAUGCAUAUAUUCACCCCUUCACAAAAACACAAGCAUGCACAAGCACUCACUCACAUACACACACAUGCACACUCAAGCACAUAUGCAUGCACAUACUCUCACCUGCAGAUGCUCACACAGGGAGGCAGAGGCAGACACACCUACAUGCAUGCACAUGUACGCACAC